AUGCCGAUGGCGCCGCCGCCCCCGGGCUACCAGCCGCCCGCCGACCCAAACGUCGCAAAAUUUGCACAGAAGAAGAAUGAAUGGCUGCGCACCCAGCGCAAUCGCUUCGGCGAGAAGCGGAAGGGAGGAUUUGUCGAGACACAGAAAGCGGACAUGCCACCCGAACAUUUACGAAAAAUUGUGAAGGAUAUUGGCGAUGUUUCGCAGCGAAAAUUCACCAACGAAAAACGAAGCUAUCUCGGCGCGCUGAAGUUCAUGCCCCAUGCAGUUCUCAAGCUCCUUGAAAACAUGCCAAUGCCUUGGGAAUCAGCUAGAGAAGUUAAGGUCUUAUACCACGUUAAUGGAUGCUUGACCAUGGUCAAUGAGACCCCCCGCGUUAUCGAGCCAGUCUUCCACGCCCAAUGGGCCACAAUGUGGAUGUCCAUGCGCCGAGAGAAGAGUGACCGCAGACACUUUAAGCGCAUGCGAUUCCCCCCCUUCGAUGAUGAAGAACCUCCACUUUCGUGGUCUGAAAACAUUGAGGACGUCGAACCGCUGGAGCCCAUCCAGAUGGAGCUCGACGAAGAGGAGGAUGCGGCAGUCUACGAAUGGUUCUACGAUCACCGACCCCUUCUAGAUACGCCCCACGUCAACGGACCGAGCUAUAAGACCUGGAACCUAUCACUCCCGCAAAUGGCGACUCUUCAUCGACUGAGUCACCAACUGUUGAGCGAUGUGGUUGAUGAAAAUUACUUCCACAUGUUCGACCUUAACAGUUUCUUUACCGCCAAGGCCCUCAACGUUGCUAUCCCAGGUGGCCCUCGCUUCGAGCCCUUGUACAAAGACAUCGACCCGAAUGACGAGGAUUUCAGCGAAUUCAACGCUAUCGACCGCAUCAUCUUCCGCGCCCCCAUCCGAACCGAAUACCGCGUUACCUUCCCCUUCCUGUAUAAUACUCUUCCCCGAAGCGUGAAGCUUGCCUGGUACUCUCACCCCCAGGUGGUUUACGUUCGCACUGAAGACCCGAACCUCCCCGCCUUCUACUUCGAUCCUGUCAUCAACCCGAUCUCCUCUCGUUCUGUUGCGCCGAAGAACAUCACCGUCAGCCACGAAGAUGAGAUAUUUGGUACCGACAAUGAAGAUGACUUUGAACUUCCUGGAGAGGUUGAGCCAUUCUUCGAGGAUGAGGAACUUUACACCACAGAGACUGCCUCUGCGAUCGCCCUUUGGUGGGCUCCCCACCCCUUCGACAAGCGGUCCGGUAAGAUGGUUCGCGCUCAGGAUGUGCCACUGGUGAAGCAAUGGUACCUGGAGCACUGCCCUCAGGGCCAGCCGGUCAAGGUCCGCGUGUCGUACCAAAAGCUGCUCAAGACUUUUGUUCUCAACGAGCUGCACAAGAACAAGCCGAAAGCCCAGAACAAACAGAGUUUGUUGAAGACCUUGAAGACGACCAAAUUCUUCCAGCAAACAACAAUUGACUGGGUAGAGGCUGGCUUGCAAGUUUGCCGCCAAGGUUUCAAUAUGUUGAACUUGCUUAUUCACCGCAAGAACUUGACUUACCUGCAUCUCGAUUACAACUUCAACCUGAAGCCCGUCAAGACUUUGACCACCAAAGAGCGAAAGAAGUCUCGUUUCGGAAAUGCUUUCCACCUCAUGAGAGAAAUUCUCCGCCUCACGAAGUUGAUCGUCGACGCUCAGGUGCAGUACCGUCUCGGCAACAUUGACGCCUUCCAGUUGGCCGACGGUAUCUUGUAUGCUUUCAACCAUGUUGGCCAGCUGACCGGUAUGUACCGAUACAAGUACAAGUUGAUGCACCAGAUCCGCUCCUGCAAGGAUCUCAAGCACCUGAUUUACUACCGUUUCAACUCCGGUCCUGUCGGCAAAGGACCUGGCUGUGGAUUCUGGGCCCCCGCGUGGCGUGUCUGGCUGUUCUUCAUGCGUGGUAUCAUUCCUUUGCUUGAGAGAUGGCUUGGAAACUUGCUAUCUCGUCAGUUCGAGGGCCGUCACAGCAAGGGUGUUGCGAAGACCGUUACUAAACAGCGUGUGGAAUCUCACUUCGACCUGGAACUUCGUGCCUCCGUCAUGGCGGAUCUGAUGGACAUGAUGCCCGAGGGUAUCAAGCAGAACAAGGUCAAUGUUGUCCUGCAACACUUGUCAGAGGCCUGGAGAUGCUGGAAGAGUAACAUUCCCUGGAAGGUUCCUGGCCUGCCUGCACCUAUCGAGAACAUUAUUCUUCGUUAUGUGAAGAGCAAGGCUGACUGGUGGAUUUCUGUCGCUCACUACAACCGAGAGAGAAUUCGCCGUGGUGCUACUGUUGAUAAAACCGUCGCUAAGAAGAACCUGGGCCGACUUACUCGUCUUUGGCUCAAGUCGGAACAAGAGCGCCAGCACAACUACCUCAAGGAUGGCCCUUAUGUGUCCUCUGAGGAGGCCGUGGCUAUCUACACCACCAUGGUCCACUGGUUGGAGUCACGCAAGUUCUCGCCCAUUCCAUUCCCCAGUGUCUCAUAUAAGCACGACACAAAGAUUCUGAUUCUUGCUCUGGAGCGACUUCGUGAAUCUUAUUCCGUCAAAGGCAGACUGAACCAGAGCCAGCGUGAAGAGCUUGCUCUUAUUGAGCAGGCAUAUGAUUCUCCCGGAACCACUCUGGCCCGCAUCAAGCGAUUCCUCUUGACCCAACGAGCUUUCAAGGAGGUUGGAAUCGACAUGAAUGAUAAUUACAACAACAUCAAUCCUGUCUACGACAUCGAGCCCAUUGAGAAGAUCACGGAUGCUUACCUGGACCAGUAUUUAUGGUACCAGGCUGAACAGCGCCACCUGUUUCCUGCUUGGAUCAAACCCUCCGAUUCAGAAGUACCGCCGCUGUUGACCUACAAGUGGACUCAGGGAAUUAACAACCUUUCCAAUGUCUGGGAGACCGCCGAGGGCGAAACCAAUGUCAUGAUUGAAACUGAGCUGUCCAAGGUCUACGAGAAGAUCGAUCUGACCCUGCUAAAUCGAAUGCUUCGUCUGAUCAUGGACCACAAUUUGGCUGACUACAUUACCUCCAAGAACAAUGUCCAGCUUAGCUACAAGGACAUGAAUCACACCAACAGCUACGGUAUGAUUCGUGGUCUUCAGUUCUCUGGUUUCGUGUUCCAGUUCUACGGAUUGAUGAUCGAUCUUCUGCUUCUUGGUCUGCAGCGCGCUAGCGAGAUGGCUGGCCCGCCCCAGAGCCCCAACGACUUCUUGCAGUUCCGGGACCGGGCUACUGAGACCCGACACCCUAUCCGACUUUACACCCGUUAUGUCGACAAGAUUUGGGUUUUCUUCCGAUUCGAUGCCGACGAGUCUCGCGAUCUGAUUCAGCGAUUCUUGACCGAGAACCCCGAUCCUAACUUCGAGAAUGUCAUUGGUUACAAGAAUAAGAAGUGCUGGCCUCGCGAUUGCCGUAUGCGUUUGAUGCGUCACGAUGUCAAUCUAGGCCGUGCUGUUUUCUGGGAUUUGAAGAAUCGUCUUCCCCGUUCCAUCACGACUAUUGACUGGGAUGACACAUUUGCCAGCGUGUACAGCAAGGACAACCCCAACCUGUUGUUCUCUAUGAACGGCUUCGAGGUCCGCAUUCUCCCCAAGUGCCGCAACCAGAAUGAAGAGUUCAAUGUCAAGGACAGCGUGUGGUCUUUGGUCGAUAACUCUACCAAAGAGCGCACUGCCCAUGCCUUCCUUCAGGUUACAGAGGAAGAUAUCCAAAAGUUCAACAACCGCAUCCGCCAAAUUCUCAUGUCUUCAGGAUCUACUACUUUCACCAAGAUCGCCAACAAGUGGAACACGGCGCUCAUUGCUCUCUUCACAUACUACCGCGAGGCGGCGGUGUCUACUGUGAAUUUGCUCGACACCAUCGUCAAAUGUGAGACGAAGAUUCAGACUCGUGUCAAGAUCGGGUUGAAUUCUAAGAUGCCUUCUCGUUUCCCUCCCGCUGUGUUCUACACCCCCAAGGAGCUUGGAGGUCUUGGUAUGAUUUCGGGAUCCCAUAUUCUCAUUCCUACCAGUGAUAAGCGUUGGUCCAAACAGACCGAUACCGGAAUCACCCACUUCCGGGCCGGUAUGUCCCAUGAUGAGGAAACUCUGAUCCCGAACAUCUUCCGAUACAUUGUUCCUGGGAGUCUGAUCUGGAUGGAAUAUUCCCAGAAGCGCAUGGAAGCUCAGCAACAGAACCGUCGUUUGACCCUUGAGGAUCUUGAGGACAGCUGGGAUCGCGGUCUUCCGCGUAUCAAUACUCUCUUCCAAAAGGACCGAAGCACACUCAGUUUUGACAAGGGUUUCCGUCUUCGUGCUGAGUUCAAACAGUACCAGUUGAUGAAGAGCAAUCCGUUCUGGUGGACUAGCCAGCGCCAUGAUGGUAAAUUGUGGAAUCUAAAUGCUUACCGAACGGAUGUUAUCCAAGCAUUGGGUGGUGUGGAAACCAUCCUGGAGCACACCUUGUUCAAGGCCACUGCCUUCCCCUCUUGGGAGGGUCUGUUCUGGGAGAAAGCUAGUGGUUUCGAGGAAAGCAUGAAGUUCAAGAAGCUCACGAACGCCCAGCGUUCCGGUCUUAACCAAAUCCCCAACCGCCGGUUCACCCUCUGGUGGUCACCAACCAUUAACCGAGCCAAUGUCUAUGUUGGUUUCCAAGUGCAACUCGAUUUGACUGGUAUUUUCUUGCACGGCAAAAUUCCCACUCUGAAAAUUUCCCUUAUUCAGAUCUUCCGUGCUCAUUUGUGGCAGAAGAUCCACGAAUCUGUGGUUAUGGACUUGUGCCAAGUGUUCGACCAAGAACUCGAGCAACUUGGCAUCGAGGCUGUUCAGAAGGAAACGAUUCACCCACGUAAAUCGUACAAGAUGAACAGUUCUUGUGCGGAUAUCCUUCUUUUUGCCACCAACAAGUGGAAUGUCACUCGACCUUCCUUGCUGUUCGAUACCAAGGAUGUAUACGAGCCCACGACCACUAACAAGUUCUGGAUUGAUGUGCAGCUGAGAUAUGGUGACUACGACUCUCAUGACAUUGAGCGAUAUGUUCGUGCCAAGUAUCUUGACUACACCACCGACAGUAUGAGUAUCUAUCCCUCGGCCACCGGGUUGAUGAUCGGCAUUGAUCUUUCCUACAACUUUACUUCCCCCGGCCUGAAGACUCUUGCCCAGCAGGCCAUGGCUAAGAUCAUGAAGGCCAACCCUGCCUUGUAUGUUCUGCGUGAACGUAUUCGCAAGGGUCUGCAGCUGUACGCCUCGGAGAGCAACCAGGAGUUUUUGAACUCUCAGAACUACUCCGAGCUUUUCAGCCCUCAGAUUCAACUGUUCAUUGAUGACACCAACGUUUACCGUGUGACAAUUCACAAGACCUUCGAGGGUAACUUGACCACGAAGCCCAUCAACGGUGCCAUUUUCAUCUUCAAUCCUCGAACCGGCCAGCUGUUCUUGAAGAUCAUCCACACCAGUGUCUGGGCAGGACAGAAGCGUCUGGGUCAAUUGGCUAAGUGGAAGACGGCCGAAGAAGUCGCUGCCCUCAUUCGGUCUUUACCUGUUGAAGAACAGCCGAAGCAGCUGAUUGUUACUCGAAAGGGUCUUUUGGAUCCUCUCGAGGUCCAUUUGCUCGACUUCCCCAAUAUCUCCAUCCGCGCGUCUGAGCUUCAACUGCCAUUCCAAGCUGCCAUGAAGGUUGAGAAGCUGGCGGAUAUGAUCCUUCGUGCUACCGAGCCUCAAAUGGUUCUCUUCAACCUGUAUGAUGAGUGGUUGAAAUCCAUUUCGCCAUACACCGCCUUCUCUCGUCUGAUUCUCAUUCUCCGUGCCCUGCAUGUAAAUAUCGACAAGGCAAAGAUCAUUCUUCGCCCCGACAAGAGCGUGAUCACCCAGGAGCAUCACAUCUGGCCUUCGUUAUCCGACGAGGAUUGGAUCAAGGUCGAAGUGCAACUACGUGAUUUGAUCCUGAACGAUUACGGCAAGAAGAACAAUGUCAACGUGCAAAGUUUGACCGGCAGUGAAGUUCGAGAUAUCAUUCUGGGUAUGGAAAUCAGCGCGCCCUCGCUGCAGCGACAGCAGGCUGCCGAGAUUGAAAAGCAACAGGAGGAAGCGAAGCAACUUACUGCUGUUACUACCAAGACUCAAAAUGUGCGAGGAGAGGACAUGAUUGUCACGACGACUUCGCAGUACGAGCAACAGUCAUUCGCAUCAAAGACCGAGUGGCGCACUCGUGCUAUCGCGACGUCCAACCUGCGGACCAGAUCGAACAACAUUUACGUGUCGUCUGACGACAUUCGCGAUGAUGGAUUCACUUACAUUAUGCCAAAGAACAUCCUCAAGCGGUUCAUCACGAUCGCUGAUCUCCGCGUCCAAGUUACUGGUUUCAUUUACGGUAGCUCGCCCCCCGAUAACGAUCAAGUUAAGGAGGUUCGCACAAUCGUCAUGGUCCCUCAAGUUGGAAAUACUCGGGAUGUCCAGCUCCCCCACCAACUCCCUCAACAUGACUACCUCAACGGCCUUGAGCCGCUGGGCGUCAUCCACACCGUUUCAGGCAACGAGCCACCCUACAUGUCUGCAGCGGAUGUCACACAGCACGCCCGCCUAAUGAACUCGCAUUCCUCGUGGGACAAGAAGACAGUGACUAUGACCGUCUCCUUCACUCCUGGUUCCGUAUCACUUUCUGCCUGGGGCCUGACUCCCGACGGAUACAAGUGGGGUGCUGAGAACAAGGAUAUGAGCUCAGAUCAGCCUCAGGGCUUCUCCACUAGCAUGGGUCAAAAGUGUCAGCUGCUUCUCAGCGAUCGCGUUCGCGGUUAUUUCCUUGUUCCCGAAGAUAACCUCUGGAACUAUAGUUUCAUGGGUAGCUCCUUCGGCAGUGUUGAGAAGAGACCCAUCUAUGUGAAGAUCGAUACCCCCCUUCGCUUCUACGAUGACCAGCAUCGUCCUCUGCACUUCCAGAACUUCGCCGAACUGGAAGAUAUCUGGGUCGAUCGCUCGGAUAACUUUGAGUAG